UCUGUCAGCUUUCAAUUCCGUUGGCAUUGUUCUCGAAACAAAUUCUGAUUUAUCUUGAAAUUUUUUUUGUUUAGUCAGAAAAUUGGAUCACAAUGGUCUUGAUUGCUGCCGCCGUGUGUUCCAAGUCUGGGAAGGCCGUGAUUUCUCGUCAAUUUGUUGAAAUGUCAAAAUCAAGAAUUGAAGGACUACUUGCUGCUUUCCCCAAACUUAUGACCGGAGGCAAACAACACACCUUCGUUGAGACUGAAAGCGUAAGGUAUGUUUAUCAACCUCUAGACGCUCUCUUCAUGCUUCUAAUCACCACCAAGGCCAGUAAUAUAUUGGAGGACUUGGAAACUCUGCGCCUCUUUGCACGGGUGGUUCCAGAGUACUGUAGAAACAUGGACGAAGCCGAAAUUUUAGAAAAUUCGUUCAAUCUCAUCUUUGCCUUCGAUGAAAUCGUUGCUUUAGGAUACAGAGAGUCCGUGAACCUAGCUCAGAUUAGAACCUUCGUAGAGAUGGAUUCUCACGAGGAGAAGGUCUACAAUGCUGUACGUGAGACCCAGAUGAGGGAGGCUAAAAACAAGAUGAGGGAGAAAGCUAAAGAAUUGCAGCGCCAGAAACUGGAAUCGAACAAGCGUGGUGGGAAACCGAUGUCAUCUAUGACCGGUAUUAGUGGUGGGUACGGGGGCCAGGGUGGCUUUAACUCCGGACCUAUGGUUGGAGAAAGUACUCCUGCUGAACCACCCAAACCUGCGUACAAUCCUCCAGUUAGGAAAGAGAACAAAGCAAUGAAGCUUGGUGGAAAAUCCCGUGACGUGGAUAGUUUUGUUGAUCAGUUGGUGAGUGAAGGAGAGAGGGUUGUAACUGCUCCGACAUCGGUUAAUGGUGGCGGGGUUUCUAAACCCCGAGCUCCUCAGAUAAGCACGGAACCUGUUCAUGUCACGGUGGAGGAGAAGAUAAUUUUGAGUGCUGGAAGAGAUGGAGGACUCCAGAACAUGGAGGUCCAAGGUCUCAUGACACUUAGAGUCUCGGACGAGAACUUUGCCAAGAUAAAACUGAACUUGGAGAACACGACCAACAAAAGUAUCCAGCUUCAAACCCAUCCUAACAUUGACAAAGAGUUGUUCCGUAGUAGAUCCGUUAUCGGACUUAAAAAUCCAGCCAAACCUUUCCCCCUGAACUCCGGAGUAGGAGUUCUUAAGUGGCGGUUUCAAACUCAAGAUGAUUCGGAAAUCCCGCUCUCCAUUAAUUGCUGGCCUAGUGAAAAUGGUUCCGGGGGUUGCGAUGUAAACAUCGAGUUUGAGUUGGAGAACACGGAUCUCGAGCUUCAGGAUGUUGUGAUCAGUAUUCCGAUCCCCCACGGAGUUGGAGCUCCUAAUGUAUCUGAGUGCGAGGGUGAUUACACCCAUGAUACCCGCAGAGGUGCUUUGCUCUGGCAGCACCCUGUUAUAGACGCCCAGAACAAGAGUGGCAGCAUGGAGUUCUCCGUUCCUGGAAACCCUGACGAUUUCUUCCCUGUAACGAUGAGUUUCACGAGCAGCAAACCCUUCUCCGGGAUCAAGAUACUUGAAUGUCUUGACACUGAUUCAGACGCUCCCGUCAAAUAUUCAUCAGAAAUUUCUUUUAUUGCUGAGAAAUAUGAAAUUGUCUAAUCUUAAUUUGGAUUUUAUUUCAAACCUUGCUUUAUUGCAUUUCGUAUUUAGAUAUUUAUUCCACUGUAUGAACAAACACUGUUUUAUUACGUUUAAGUGUAAACAAUUAGACCCGGUUUUUAAGCACUGUAAAUAUAUUUUCUAACCUUAUGGGUCUUACUUUAUCAAAUUAUAUUGAAGUAUUUAAUUUAUCUGUUGCAAUUUCAAUAUUUAUUGUACCUCUGAUGUAUAAUGGAAAUAGUACUUUUAUAUUUCUACAUUUUUGGUGAGUUUUUAUAAAUCUGAGACGUUUCAGA